AACCCCGAGGUUACAUAGAAGACCUUAAUCACUCCACUGUGAUAUCUGACAAUUCAAGAACUCCAAAUCCAUCCUUGUUGCAGGCUGGCAUUGAAUCGGUUCCUUCCCAUCAUCGGCCUUUUGCAGCUACAUGUUCAGUUUCAAAUGAUACUAUUAUUCCAAGAAAAGAGAGUUCAACAGAUGAACAUAUUUGGCAUCAAAACAAUUCUCAGCCUUCCUUGAUGCCCCAGUUUCCAGAAAUGAGUAACAUCAAUAUAGGAAGUUACCUCAUGUCUCCAGAUCUUUCUGUUCCUGAGCAAAAUGAUUUAUACUUCCAGAGAAAAGGACUUCAGCCUGGGAUACUUAACAAUCUAGCAAAUAUAACAGCUCUGCCACAACAGGACCUUACAGUUUGUGAUGGCAUCCAAACUUUUCAGAAUUAUGAUGAGACUGUUGCUAACAGUAACCAGUUAGUGGAAGAAAAAAACCUUUCUUUUAUGGCAAAUGCUGAUGAGUCUCCCAAAGUAAUAAAAUCUAUGGUGGGCAGUAAUUGUUUGCCACAUACCUGUCUUGUAUCAUCUUCUGGAUAUACUAGUCAGCAAAUUCAGGGAUUGCAAAUUUAUCCAGAAACCCCUCUUCCUGAGAAGAAAAGGGUUUCUGAGACAGAAUGUUCUUUUGGCUCUGUCUCGCCUUCAAGUGUUUUCUCCAGCCCACAUAGUGGAAGCACUAUCAGAAUUCCAUUUCCAAAUGUUCUUCCAGAUUUCUCUAAAGUUGGAAACCCACCACCAGUGUUAGAAAAUAUGGGUGAUAAACACGUAACUGUAAAUUUUGUUCAAGAUACUUCCAAAUUUUGGUAUAAACCAGAGAUUUCAAGAGAACAAGGUAUGUUCUUUAAAUACUUUGUGCAUCAUACAGCUAGCUUCUUUAUACUUGGUGAUGAAUAUUUAUUACUCAAUGUUCCUUUUCAGCUUUAAUUUGUAUUUAUGUUUUGCUAGAUAUUAUUCUCCAUUCCAAAACCCAACAGCUUAAAUUUAAGCUGUUAAUUAAAAGGGGAUCCAUGUCAGUUACUUGAAUUUGCAGUCAUUCCCAAUUAACUUUCAAAAAAUUAUGUGUUGAUAUUUAGGGACUAUGUAACUAUUUUGCUAAAGCAGUCUCUCAGCAAUCACAACCUCUGGUAUUUUAGAAUCCUUUGAAUUAGAACCUAUUUAUUUACAGUGUCUCUCACAACUUUAAUUAUGGUCAAACGUAAGCAGAUUCUAGUAAUAAUGUUAAAUAUAUUUUUAAAUAAACUUAGAUGAUAGACAAAAAGAAAAUUAUGUUGGAGAUGGACAAGGCCAACUAUUUAUUUAAGAUUUCAAAAUGUUGUAGAAGAAAAAAGAUGAAAACCUGGCAGACAUAAUGGCAGAUCUACUUGCAGCAGCUAGAAAGGAGACAAAGGAGAAAAUGAUAUAUGAUAUGAUGAAAUUUUUACGGUCCAGACUUCAUAUGGAAUGAGACACAAAUUGCCAUAUUAGAUUUACAAAGAGGUCUAUCAGAACAGAGAUUCAAAGGUGGUGAAAGAUGAACCAUUAAAAUAUAAAGGAAAGGAGAUAAUAGUGUUGAAGCAAAUACCCAGAUCUGUAAGAGAUUUGAGAAAAAAAUACCAGUUCCUGACAAAAUAUUUGAUUAAAAGAGAAAUUAAUUUCAGGUGGCUGAUACCAGAAGGAAUAAUGGUGACUUGGCAAGAGCAAAGGCAUAGACUAGAUACAAUUGAAAAAGCAGAACUAUUCUAUGAUCAAUAUUUUAGAGAAUAUGGAGAAAAGAGAAGAGAGAUGGAAACAAUAAAACUACGAGAAGAAGUCAUAGAGGUAGAAGAUAGACAACAAAGAGAAGGAGAAAAGGAAGUGGAGGAAAGAGCCAUUAGGGAAGAAGAAAAAGCAAGCGAACAGAGUUAAAAGUGAUAGGAUCAACUAGACCCUACAAUAAAUAAAACCAUGGAAGAAGAAAUUAAGUUAAUGAUACUUAAUAUAAAUGGACUAAAUUCGGCAAUUAAAAGGAAAAUAAUAUUUAAUAAAUUAGACUAUCAUAAGAUUGGGAAAUUACAUACUACAUUGGCACAACAGAGUAAAAGGAAUAGCACUAUACAUAAAAGACACUAUAAAAACGGAAUUAAUUUACCAAAAUGAGGAAGAAAGAAUAUUAAUAGUUGAAAUGUUGAUGAACUAUAAACGGACUUUACUAGUGGCAAUUUAUGCUCCAAAUGAAAAUCAAGAGUUUUAUGACAAACUACACAAGAGAAUAA